AUGUCGGCCAAUGAGCGUCACGAUUUGUUCGAGAGCGUUCUUCCAAAAUGCCCGAUGGACCGAUACGUUUCGAAUUUUCCCUGCCCGGGUCCGCAUAGACACUACCUGAAUUUCUAUGACGACAAUCCAAAUGCCCCGGUUGGCCAAGGCGAAGUAUUCUGUCGCCUCUUUGUCUUCAACAAUCUCCGCUAUUCCAAGACAAAUGCCGGCAACGGCAAGUACCUCAACGGCUGCAGACGCCUGCUGGAGAACGUGUUAAUCUGCGCGGGAACCUGUAACGUGGAACUAAUUCUGAACCUGGGCGGAACCAUCGAUACCAGCAACAUUGAAACUAACGCAGAACUGCAGGAUUUGAUUGAAGACAUGCGACUAGAGUUCACACGAAGCUAUUUAAAGCUACCAAUCGGCCGUGAGUACACACUGAUUGUGAUCGAUGGUUAUGAGCUAUUAGUUGUGGAUCCCAAGAAAUCAGAACUCUGCCCGAAUUCUGCAACCUCUACGAAGCCUGCGACCUCUACGGAUUCUGAGGAGACUGGAGACGGGUUUCGCCUCAAUUUUCAUAUUCGUGACGCAUCAGGAAAAAAGUGUACCAUGCACGAGGAUGCCAAUUUGACUCGAGUGGGGUGGCCUCAAGAAAUGCAGACUAAGGGUCAUUUUAUGACUGCCGGUGAGAAGGCCGCAAUGCCCAGACUUCGAACAGCCGUCUCAAAGAGUCAACUGCGUUGGCUGGAAGAAGCCCUGCUCAGUUGCAUGCACAAUAACCAAAACGUGGUGGUUGCCUGUGAGUUAUUUUUUACACAAUAA